UCUCUCUCUCUCUCUCUCCCCUCCAUUUGUUUCGGUCCCUUUCUGUACGCGAUCUCUACACAGACUCGCAAAUCGCAAUUCGCAAAAUCCUCUUCAAAAUCUCCCCCACUUUAUUCCUCCCAACACAUUCCUUCACGUAUCUAGGGUUUUGAUUUCACUUCCGUGUAGCUGUUUACUUCAGAUUCGGAGCGCUGCAACUUGAUCUUUCGGCAAUCGAUCAGUGUCUCUCAGCUCGGGGUUUCUUUAGCUUGAGGCUUUGCUGAUAUACAUACUGUGAACAAGAAGUUCUGAGAACACAGUAAACCAAAGCGAGCAUUCAAUUCUUUCUGCUGGUUUUGCUCAUCCAUGCUCCAGUUUAAAGCUUGCUCGGUCCUCCUAGGCAUUGUGUAUUUGCUUUUGUAUUUGCUCCGGACUUAGCUGUGGCUAAAAGAUAAUUGUCAAUGUCUUUUCAGUGACAUCACGUGGAGGCUCUAAAUUCUAAGUUAAGUGUACAUGGAUGGGUUUGAUUUCCUUAAACUAGCUUGCCACCGUGACUAGCAUCGUAGUGCAAGGAUGCCUCCGUGGUGGGGGAAGUCAUCCUCCAAGGACGCUAAGAAGAAAACUAACAAGGAGAGUUUCAUUGGUACAUUUCAUCGCAAAAUCAAAAAUCCUUCUGAUGGAAAAGCGAACAUCAGAUCAGGAGGAUCACGUAGACAUUGUGACACAGCCUCAGAGAAGGGAUCAUUAUCUCGAGCAGAAUCGCGAUCACCUUCUCCUACGAAGGCAGUUUCCAGAUGUCAAAGUUUUGCUGAAAGGCCACUUGCUCAGCCACUUCCACUUCCUGGUCCUCACCCUGCAACUGUAGGUCGUACAGAUUCUGGGAUCAGUGUUCCAAAACUUCGGUCAGAUAAAGGCCCCAAACUGUUUCUACCUCUCCCCAGACCUGCAUGUAUACGGAGCAAGGCAAAUCAUGCUGAAUUAGAUGGAGACUUGGUUACCGCUUCAGUUUCCAGUGAGGGCUCCAUUGAUAGUGAGGAUCCGGUGGACUCCCGGCAGCCUAGUCCCUGUGCGACUGACUGUGAUAAUGGGACCAGAACUACUGCGUGCAGUCCUUCCAGAUUGAUAUUCAAGGAUCAGAAGCCUACUGUCGCCCAUAUAAGUCCAAGAGAAGCCAGAAGACCAGCUAACCUUUUGCUCAGCAAUCAUGUUUCCCCUGCAUCACCCAAGCAGAGACCUUUAAACAGUCAUUUGCCAAAUCUGCAACUUCCAUACUCCGGGACUUUAUAUAGUGCUCCAGACAGCUCCAUGUCCAGUCCUUCCAGAAGCCCAUUGAGAGCGUUUGGCACUGAUCAAGUUGUGAAUUCAGCUUUCUGGUCGGGAAAGCAUUAUACAGAUAUUACGCUACUCGGCCCUGGCUCUGGCCAGUGUUCCAGUCCAGGUUCUGGUCACAACUCUGGACACAAUUCUAUGGGAGGUGACAUGUCAGGACAGUUGUUUUGGCAGCAAAGCAGGGGCAGCCCCGAGUAUUCUCCCAUACCGAGUCCACGGAUGGCUAGUCCUGGGCCUAGCUCUCGUAUUCAUAGUGGUGCUGUAACACCUACACAUCCCAGGGCAGGAGGGUUGUCCAUUGAGCCACAGACAACCUGGCCUGAUGAUGGGAAACAACAAAGUCAUCGGCUGCCUCUUCCUCCAGUAGCAGUUUCAAAUUCCUCACCUUUCUCUCAUCCAAAUUCUGCUGCUACAUCUCCUUCAGUGCCACGGAGUCCAGGAAGGUCAGAAACUCCAGCAAGCCCCGGUUCACGGUGGAAAAAGGGAAAGUUGCUUGGUAGAGGCACAUUUGGGCACGUGUAUGUUGGCUUUAAUAGUGAAAGUGGGGAAAUGUGUGCAAUGAAGGAGGUUACGCUCUUUUCAGAUGAUGCUAAAUCAAGGGAAAGUGCAAAACAGUUGAUGCAGGAAAUUGCUCUAUUGAGUCGGCUACAGCACCCAAAUAUUGUGCAGUAUUAUGGUUCAGAAACAGUGGACGACAAACUCUAUAUCUACCUGGAGUAUGUAUCUGGUGGUUCAAUUUAUAAGCUUCUCCAAGAAUAUGGACAACUCGGUGAACUCGCAAUUCGCAGUUAUACUCAACAAAUAUUGUCAGGUCUUGCUUAUUUGCAUGCUACGAAUACUGUUCACAGGGAUAUAAAGGGAGCUAACAUACUAGUAGAUCCGAAUGGCCGUGUUAAAUUGGCAGAUUUUGGGAUGGCAAAGCAUAUAACUGGACAGUCAUGUCCACUUUCUUUUAAGGGAAGCCCGUAUUGGAUGGCCCCUGAGGUUAUAAAGAACUCAAACGGUUGCAAUCUUGCUGUUGAUGUAUGGAGCCUUGGAUGCACUGUCUUGGAAAUGGCCACAACAAAACCACCUUGGAGCCAAUAUGAAGGGGUUGCUGCUAUGUUUAAGAUAGGGAAUAGCAAGGAACUCCCAGCAAUUCCAGAUCACCUUUCUGAUGAUGGAAAGAAUUUUGUGAGGCAGUGUCUGCAACGAAAUCCACUACAUCGUCCUACAGCUGCUCAACUUCUAGAGCAUCCUUUUGUGAAGUUUGCUGCACCACUUGAAAGAUCGACUUUGGGGCCUGAUCCUUCAGAUCCACACAUUGGGGCUACAGUUCCAACGAAACCUAUGGGCAUUGGGCAGCAAAGAAACACUUCCUCUUUUGAAUCUGAUAGACUCGCAGUCCAUUCAUCUAGAAUAAUAAAACCUAGUCCUCAUGUUAGUGAUGUGCACAUUCCAAGAAACAUAUCAUGUCCAGUCUCACCCGUUGGAAGCCCUCUUCUACCUGCAAGGGCACCACAACAUUUCAACGGAAGAAUGUCGCCUUCGCCAAUUUCUAGCCCACGAACUGCUUCAGGCUCAUGCACUCCUUUAACAGGUGGUAGUGGUGCUAUCCCAUUUCAUCAGAUGAAGCAAUCAUUUUACCUGAAUGAGGGAGGUGGAAGCUUUCCAAAGCCCUCAAACAGUCACUACAUUGGUGGGUCCCCUUACCAUGACACGAACCCAGAAAUCUUUCGGGGGUUGCAGCUGGGAUCUCAGAUCUUUCCAGAACUAUCAUCCUCUGAUAAUGGUGUUGUGGGAAUGCCAUUUGGGAGGUCGCCUCCUAGGGAAUUACGUGAUGGACAGUCGAUAUUGGCAGAUCGCGUGUCUCAACAGCUCCUGAGGGAUCAUGUGAAGGCGAACCUGACCCUGGAUCUUGGUCCCAGAUCUCCAUUGCCUAGCCGGAUCAAUGGUGCUUGACUCAAUGUGUUUUUGCUGAAUCAUCCAAUAGUUCAUCUCACUUGCCUGGUUAAACAGGAUUAUCUGUGUUCAAUUGGUGAGAUACUGAGGGAGCUAUUUUUCGGAAUAAGGAUGCUAGGAGGUUUUAGAAUUCCUGGAAUAAGAGCUCAAGAGAUGUGUUACUAUCGAUUGUCCAAAUGCAAGCUGGGGUGAGCUAUUUGACAGAGUUGGCGCACGCAAGCUGGAAGGGUCAUUCCUCUUGGUGUAAAAAGUGGUACCGUACACUCUUUACUCUUUUGAAAGUAAGAGUAUGAAUAGAUGACGAUCAAUCAACAGGAGGCGCUUUUGGCUCAUGCGACAGGAUUUUGAAAACGGUCCAUCAUAUGAGAAUCUCUUGGGGGAACAGGUUUGGUAGGUCGCCAUGCUAAACUAACGAGAAGUUUCAGCUGGUAAAUCAUCCAGCUUUCGGACUAAUUUUUUGGGGGUCCACACUUAUGUACAGAUAAUGGUAAGCUCAGUCGAGGUUUUAGAAGUUGCUCGGGAAGCAGCUGCGGAUUUGUCGAGCCUGCAAAGUCUUGCUUAUUAUCAUUGGCAAAGCCAUUUCACUUGUAUGUAACACCAUAUAUCACUCUGUACCAUUUCUUGUAUGUACAAUAUGACCCCAGAUGAAUUAAGAGAUCAGAUUUCAUUCUGUUUGUUAAGAUAAA